UGUGCGUGCGUGCGUGUGUGGACAGGUACGGGCAGUGGGUCGCUCUCUCAUGCCAUCCUGCGGACCAUCGCACCGACUGGUCACCUGCACACGGUGGAGUUCCACACUGAGCGCGCUCAGAAGGCGCGGGAGGAGUUCAGCCGCCACCGCGUGGGUCACCUGGUAACCGUGCGCAACCAGGACGUCUGUCGCCAGGGCUUCGGAGUGGAGGGCGUGGCCGACGCAGUCUUCCUGGACAUACCCUCGCCCUGGGAGGCCAUCCAGCACGCCAAGGCCGCCAUCAAGAGACAAGGUGGCCGUGUGUGUUCCUUUUCCCCGUGCAUUGAGCAGGUGCAGCAGACGUGUGAGGCUCUGGUGGCUUCAGGGCUCCAGGAGCUGCUGACGCUGGAGGUUCUGCUGCGUGUGCACGACGUCCGCUCAGUCACACUCCCACUGCCAGACUUCGGCCCGGAGGACGACAUACACACACACACACACACACACACCCAGCCUGCCCCCGGCAACGCCCUGGUAACCGUGAAGACCGCCACACCCCCACGGGAGAUGGCAGGACACACUGGCUACCUCACAUUUGCCACCAAAGUACGAGAGUAACACACACACACACACACACAAAACAAAGCUCUUACUUUAAAUAGUAUUCUAAGUGGUGAGGGGAAGGGUCAGUCCAGCUUACAGAUAGAGUAAGCUCACACACACACACACACACACACUCACCUGAUGCUAUGAAUAGGGUGGUCAUUUCCUUCCUCUCUGCACACACACACACACAAACAAAUAUACACACACUCACACAAACACACACAUAGGCACAUUUUUAGUGUUUUAUUUAUAAGAGGGCAGAUGCUUCUAUGUUGUUAAACUGUAGAGUGUGUGUUUUAUUCUGAAAUAAAAAGCAAACUUGU